GAGGGCUUGCUUCUCUUUUCCGCCGACAGACUUCACAGACAAAUGGUUCAUGAAAGGAAGGGGGAGGUGUGUGAAACCCGGUGAGGAAGAAGGGUAGGAAGCUGGAGGGGAUCGGGGUACGCCAAGGCCCGUGACUGCCCCGGACUCAAAGGGGGUUCGGAGAAGGAGGUAGCUACUCUGUGCUGCGCUGGGCUGCGCUGAAGAGGCCGAAACACGCCGGGAGAUCCGGAGGAAUUGGUUUGGGAGUGGGGGCCCAGAGGGGCCCUCCGCCCACAGACUCCGGCUUCGGGCCGCACUGAGUCGCUAGUGACCGCCAGCCCAGACGGGACGGGACGGGGCGCAGCGGCCGGGCCGGGCCGCGCAGCCAUGGAGCCCUGGACACCCGAGCCCCGGGGCCCGACGCUAGACUACUACUACGAUUACUACAACGGCACGGGCGGGGCGCAGUGCGGCAGCGGUGAGGAGGAGGCGGAAGACUGGGAACUGUCCUACUCGCUGCUGCCGGUGCUCUACAUGCUGGUGUUCGUGCUCGGACUGUCCGGCAACGGCGUGGUGAUCGUCACGGUGUGGCGGGCCCCCGGGGGCGCGGGCGCCGGGGCUGGGGCCAAGCGGCGCGCCUCGGACGCCUACAUCGGUCACCUGGCCUUGGCCGACCUGGCGUUCGUGGUGACGCUGCCACUGUGGGCCGCCUACACAGCGCUGCGCUUCCACUGGCCCUUCGGGGCCGCUCUGUGCAAGGUCAGCAGCUACUUGGUGUUGCUCAACAUGUUCGCCAGCGCCUUCUGCCUGACCGGCUUGAGCUUCGAGCGCUACCUGGCCGUGGGCCGCUCGCUGGGCCGCCGAGGCAGCCCUGCCCCUACGCGCUCCCGGCACGGGGCGUCCGCGGCGCUGGCUGUGCUCUGGUUGCUGGCCGCGCUGCUGGCGCUGCCUGCGCUACUGCUGCGGGACACUCGCGCGCAGCCGCCCGCCAACCUCACAGUGUGCGACAUGGACUUCAGCAGCGUGGCGGCCGCGCCUGAACACGAGGCCUAUUGGCUGGGCGGGCUGAGCCUGGCCACCACGCUGCUGGGCUUCGCGCUGCCCGCGGGACUCAUGGGCAUCUUCUACUGCUGCAUCGGCUGCGCCGUGAACCGCCACUUUGGGGCCAGAGGCAGUGGGCGGGGGGCUGCGGGCGCAGAGCGGGCGGUGCCCCGGGGCCGGGGCCGGGGCCAGCGGCGGCGCCUGCUGCGCCUCUUGGCCGCACUGGUGGCCGUGUUCGCGCUCUGCUGGCUGCCCUUCCACGUACUCAAAAGCCUCUACGUGCUCAGCUGGCUGGGGCUGCUGGCGCUGCCAUGCGCUGUGCAGGCUCUCAUCGUGCGCCUGCAUCCCUAUGCCACCUGCCUGGCCUACGUGAACAGCUGCCUCAACCCGCUCCUCUAUGCCUUCCUGGACCGCCGCUUCCGCGCGCAGUGCCGCCGCCGACUGCUGCUCGGUCGUUGCUGCCUUCUGCGGCCGCUGCUGCCCGGCCGUCAAGGGCGCCAUGCCUGCCCGGCCGUAUCUGGACCCCAGCUCGGGGAGCCCGCAGCGCCCGCUUCGUCCAGCGCCAGCGGAGCCAGCGGCCCCAGCGGCCCCACGCAGCGCUCCGAGCUGGCCUCGCUGGCCACCAAGGUGUGACAGGGUGGGUAGUGGACGGACAGAGAUUUCUUACCUGGCAGGCCCUCGCUCAGCUGGAACCCGAUAGGAGUCUGGCACCUAGGGAUCUGGACAAAGGGAGGGAGGGCACUGGGGACCAGGCCAAGCUGUUUGUGUGUUUGAGUGUGGCUGCCGGGAGUCCAAUAAAACUCUUGGCAGGAAAGGCAACCUUUCGUGUGCGCUUCUUCCUAGGGCAGGGCGAUCAAGUCAUAGGAUCACAGAUGAAGAGUUGAAGAGGACCUCAGGUGUCAAGUCCAAAUCUCAUUUUACAGGUGAAGAAACUGAGGACCCGAGAGGGAGAGGAAUUUGCUCACACCCAUGGUAAAUGUCUUCGGUGGGACCGGAACCCAGGUCUUCAGGUCCAGCAUUUUAACCCACUACCCAGAAUUCAACCAAUACGUGCUUAUUAAGCACUGGGCAGAGAGCAGUCAAGGACAAAUAUGAAACAGCCUUUGAUCUCUUGGAGGGAAGCUCUGGGUUCUUAAUUCCCAUAGUGGGCACUUACGUGGGCGUUAAACAAACGGACAUUAUGUAUCCAAAAUACUAGAGGCAGCUUGGCCGCUAGGGCAGAAGACGGACACACCCUGUCAAAGUAGGGCUGUGUGACUGACUCCUGCACCAGGCACCCCCAGUUCUCCCCAGAAACUCGACUGUUAAGUUUCAGAGCAACUGCCCGGCUUGACCAAAGAUCUGGUCCAAGGGAGUUUAUUCGCCGGGAGUUUCUAAUGAAACCAAGGUCUGCUCCUUUAGUACACAUACAGUGAGGGGGGUGGGGAGAGGGCCCCGACAACUCGGCAGGACUUCACCUUUGCCCUUCCUCCUUGACACUCUGGUGAAGCCCACGGACGCCUUCUCAGAAUCAUGUUUUUAUACCAUGGAUGGAAAUGCUAACUUUCAGCUUAGAGUCUCGUAAAAAUAAAGAUGCUAUUCUCCCCACCCCUGCCCCAUAGCCCCAUCCCAACCCGGGGACCCCCUGCAAUCUAACCCGGGAGUCCUGGAGGUCCUUGGACCCCAGGUUCGGGACCCUCAGACUAGAGGAAGUCGGCUAGGGCUCCUGUAGGAGGUGUGGCUAAGGUUGUACCCAGAAGGGAGUUCGGGCUUCUAAAAGGAGACUCGUGGCCCGCAAAGGUGCGGGGGCGGGGCGGGUAAUAGAAUUUUGGGAGUGAGAAACGGUACACUGAUUGGCCAGUUUGACUUUAGCCAAGGGAGAGUGCGCAAAGGGGAUUGUGUUAUUGACCAGGGAGGAAAAAGAAACUUUGUUACCGUUUUUUAAAGUGGUAGCUUGGGGGCAGCUAGGUGGAGCAGUGGAUAAAACACCGGCCCUGGAUUCAGGAGGACCUGAGUUCAAA